GCAGACGUUGUCUCUGUAGAGAUGCUCCCAGAUCUUCUCUCCAGCACUGAAGACUUGACUAUACUCUGAGAAAAUGUUCUUACGGAUGGAACCUUUCAAGAACUGUAAACUCAUUGUUUUUUUUUCUGUUACUUUCCUUCUUCCUCGUUGUGUGUUUUCGGGGAGGAGUGAAAGUUCUGUGUGAUGUCAGAGGCUUCUCAUGUUAUGCCUCUUCUUCCCCAAGUCACAGUCUUCCCAGCAUUGAGGACUCACCUGCCAUGUGCCUGAAGAUCUGGACCAGUAGUGGCUAAGAAUCCAAGGGUUGACUUUUGGAACCAUGAUGGACGAAGGUCAAUUAGAUACUACCUUCAACAACAGAUGUGUGUCCACUAUACAUUUAGGACCCAACGGGAGUCCGGCUAUCAGCGCCGUGAUGUUCUCUGCAGGGGUCUUGGGCAACUUAAUAGCGCUGGUUUUACUGGAGACACACAGAAGAGGGAACAGGGGCAAGAUCUCGCUGUUCUUCAUCCUCGUGACUGGUCUGGUCAUCACAGAUUUGUUGGGCACUUGUAUGAUCAGCCCCGUGGUGUUGGUAUCUUAUACUAAGAGACUUACACUCAAGGCUUUGAAUCUUUGCAAUUAUUUCGCCUUUGCCAUGACUUUUUUCAGCUUGGCCACCAUGAUGGUCCUCUUCGCCAUGGCCUUGGAGCGUGCAUUGGCCAUAGGGCAUCCUUAUUUUUAUGAGAAGUUCAUCAAGAAGCGGUGUGGAAUCAUCACCUUUCCCGUUAUCUACUCCUUUUGCAUCGUAUUCUGCCUCUUUCCAGUUAUGGGAUUCGGAGAAUUCAUACAAUACUGUCCCGGGACUUGGUGCUUUAUAAACAUGCGGGGUCAACAAAGGGAUGGGUACAUCAGCAACGUGUACUCCAUGCUAUAUGCCGCCCUUCUUCUCAUUCUCAUCAUAGCUGUACUGUCCUGCAACCUCACGGUCAUAGUCAGUCUGGUCAGGAUGCACAAAAGACAAAAGUCCCGGAGGGUUGGCUCUCUGGUGACCAACAAGCGGGAGCAGAUUUCCAUGUCCGAAGAAAUUGAUCAUCUCAUACUACUGUCUAUCAUGACCAUUACCUUCAUUAUUUGCUCAGUGCCUUUCACGGUACGGGCCUACAUUAACAGAGUCGAUAGCGAUAAAGGAGAUGACAAAAUGGACCUUUUAGCCUUAAGAUUUAUAUCGGUCAAUUCGAUUAUUGACCCGUGGAUCUUUACCAUACUACGACCCUCUGUGCUCCGGCUGAUGCGCUCGGUUCUGUGCUGUCGGAGCUCGAUUAACAUGAGGAGCAUCAGAAACUCUCCUUCCCUCAGUACUCGACUGUCCACCACCACCAAGCUCGACACUACGUAUGGGAUUUCCCAAAAGAAAUGACAAAAUCGCAUGGGGGCAAAAUGGCUGACAAUGACAAAAAAAAACAGACACCUAGUCAUUUAAACCGUAUAAUAAACUACAAACGUAUAAUAUAUGACAGGCGAAGGUACUCGGGUCAUGGCCAAGGAAAGUACAUGAGAGAUUAUCAGAACCUUCAGGAGCUAUAAUAAAUCGGUUCACACAGUCAGCGGCCACAGAAUCCAUCAUGGAGGAACAUGGUAUGGGCUGUGAAACAGACAACGGGAGAGCAUAAGUGAGGGACACAAGCCAUUUUAGAUGUUUUAGGACUCCAUAUUUAUGGUUUCCCAAGGCUGGUUUUAGGUACCGUCACAUCAGCACUGGCUCGAUCACAGACGACCUACUGCAUACUGGUCAAGGUUCCCAAUAUCCACUUGACUUGUUCUACGAACUGAUCCACAAAAGAGACAUGGUCAUAAAAAAGGGGCAUUUCUACAAAACUUUGGGUAGUUAUACAACAGUACAAGGUUAAACAUGGUCGGACUGGUCCAGAGGAGAACCUAGGUGGGAGUAGAGUCAGAAGACAACCCCACCUGAAUCUGGCUUUGCAGCAGAUCACUUACCACAGGGCAGGAAGGGGGCCAUUGAUUUUUGGGUUAGUAUAUCAAUAUACAGUAUCUGUUCAUAUGGAAAAAAAAUUUGACGCAGGAGAAUAUUGUGGACCAGCUCAACCAGAUCCGAAACGCAAAAACUUGACUUCUCAGUGGGCAUUAUUUAAGGCGGUUCAGAGACAACCCCUAUUGAGAUGACCGCCAUUGUAUCAGAAACCUCAACAACCAGUUGACAUGGCCAGAAGCCACAACCAGUCAGACAUUUUUGUAGUAUUACAUGGUGGCAUGUCCAUGAAAUAGAUGGGUGGCUUUGGUCCACCAGAUUGGACCUCCAUACUGGCUUAUAAAAGGAAACAUCGAAGGACUGAAGUCUCUUGGGCCCACCAGAGGAAAUUAUUCUGAGGGCCCACCCUAUGUGUAUAUAG